AUGGCUCCGCAAUCGUGGGCUCGCUCCACCGCACCAUUGCUCGCCAUUCGCAGCACCGACCCCGACACCACCUUCCAAGGCCACGACUCGACCGACAUUGCCAAUGCGCUAGCAGCGCAUGCCCAUAACAUGGCCGAGAUCGCCAAGGAGUCGGCUGCGUCCUCGGACGUAGGCGCCGCUUCGUUCCAGGGCCACGACUCUGCCGACGUCGCAAACGCCAUCCAGAACUACGUCGUCAACCACCAGGACGAACCAUGGCCACAGAAGUUCACGCAGCCCGGCCAGAGCGCCGCAGGUGUCCAGCAGACGGCGGUGGACCUGGCUGCAGGCGUACAUGCUGUCACUGCCAGCUCGGAUAGUGCCGUCUUUUCUCUGUCCGGUCACGUCCACGAUCAAUACUGGAUGAGCAUCCUGCUCUGCAUCGUCUGGAUCGUUCUCGGUCUCUUCAUGCUCUUCUUCGGCUGGGCAUCGUUCUUCUGGGGAUGCAACGUCGGCACGAAACGAAGCAGGAUCGACGACAAGGCUACAAAGUCCCGCCGCUCAUCGUUCCUCUUCGCAGGCACGCCGCUGGCAGGCGGUAUUGGCGGCGUCGUCGUCGGCUUCCUCUUCUUCUCCUUCCUCACCACCGUCAUCACCUCGACCAUCUGCAUCACCCAGGCCAAGUCGGUGUCUUCAACCUCCUUCUUCGUCAUCUGGCUCAUUCCAGGUCUACUGGGCGCAGCUCUGGCUGGGCACUGGUCGCUGCUAUCGCGCGCUUUCACGGGUCUGCUGGCAGGCGCCUGCUUCACGCUCAUCGUCACGGCAAUGUUCGGCAUCCACACGCUGAUCAUCCGCGCCAUCUUCAUUUCGGUCUGCACCAGCCUCAUCACCGCACCACUCCUUCUACCCAGGCGCAGCGCUAUCCACUUCCAUCUGCUCAACAUCUGCGCCUCCCUCAUCGGUGUUGUGACGUUCCUCGAUGGAGUGGCGCUCUUUGCUCCGCCUCGCGCCAGCUCCGAUUCGUGGAUCGACCUGUGGGUGCUACUGUUUGCCCUCGACGGCUCGGCUUCCGAGGCGAGCGCAUCAAAGAAGUGGGGCACCUCGGCCUUCAAGGGCUUCAUCGCUGCUGCCGUCCUCGGUGCUGUCGUCGGGUUUCUCUUCGAGUUCGUCUUCCACAAACACGCGUCCGAAGACCCUGAUAUGGAGUGGAACAACUACCUCGGAUCCUUCACACAGCGUCUCGAAUCUCGCCAGCCCGCGGACGCAGAAGACCGCGCGGGCUCUUUCGAGCCUGCUCCGGGUGUCUGGCAGAAGCUCUCGCGUGCCUUUGCUCCCUCAGGUCAGCCUGCGGCUUACGGCAACAUCUCGGCCGCUGGCGAUCUCGAGAAGAGCCCCCUCACCAACCUCCCGGGCGCGGCAUCAAGGAGACAGGCUCGUCGUGCUCGCUCGUCCAAAACCCGUGGCGGCCCAGCCAAGUUCGAGGCGCUGGACAAGCGUCACGGCGACUUUGACUUUGACUCGGAUUCGGACGCCACGGAAUACGACAGCGACUCGAGCCUGCGCAAGCUCAAUCCGCGCAGCAAGGCCGUCUCGGCCAAGAGCAUGAUCAGCAGAGCCGAUGCAGAUGAGCUUGCCGACGAGCUGAGGCCGUUGAGUGCUAGCAACGACUCCAAGACCGAUGCCUUGCGUCUUCCAAGGCCUCCCAGCUAUCGCACCAACAGCAGCGCAAGCGGAUCCGGAUCAACUGGCAGCGGCCUCAGUGGCACCACCGUCAACUCCAGCCGCGAUCCCUCGGGCGUCUCCAGCCCAGCCGCGCUGUCCUCCCCGACGCGACCAUCGUUCUCGCGACAUACCACACAGUCCCCUCCGCCGCCCUUCCCCACGGCCGAAACUCAGCUGUCUGGCUCCUUGAACCCCUCGGUCCCCGCAACGCCCUCGCUUGUCAAUGCCAUUACUCGCAUCCAAGCUGCCCAGGCGCAGGCUCGCGCCUGGUACGAGACACAGCAAGAACAGACCUCGUCCGGACUCAAAUCGUCUCUCUCGGACCAAAAGAUCGCACCGAGCGCAUCAAAGUCGGCAGUAGAGACGACGUCCAAGGAUACUCAAGAUGCAACAGCACGCGCUGCAUCGCCCACGGUCAAGCCAGAGAACGCCGACUUCCAGAGCUGGUGGGGCAAGGAGGUGAAAGGUCACAAGAAACCUUCCUCGUAA